CACAAUUUUAGUUUAAGACUAAAAUGAGGAAAAAGUGUUUUUAUCGUAGAAGCGUUGUAAAUGCGGUUAAAUGAAUUUCUUGAAGUUUGGAAUAUACUAUAUUUUUGUGAAUUACACACAAUAUAAAAAUUAAUGAUAUUUGAAUAUUAUUAAGUGUAUUCGUUAUUUCGUUGAGAAAAUAAAGCCUACUCGACAUACAAAAUGGCUUUGCCUCCAAACUAUAAGCAAGUAGCAAUGGCUACUUCAAAUAUUGUUGCAUCUAAUCGCUGAUUCUCGUAUGCCCAAACCACCCAAGCCACCAGAAAAACCUCUUAUGCCUUAUAUGAGAUAUAGUAGAAAAGUUUGGGAUCAAGUGAAAGCUCAAAAUCCAGAAUUAAAAUUAUGGGAAAUAGGAAAAAUUAUUGGGCAAAUGUGGAGAGAUUUACCUGAAGAAGAUAAAACAGAAUUUAUUGAAGAAUAUGAAGCAGAAAAGCAUUAUGUGCAGCACAACAAAAUAAUGAUGAUCGAGAGAGUCACGAACGUUCAUCAGGCAGUACUAAAGGACAAGCAGCACAAGAUAGAAGAAUAGAUAUUUUACCUGCAGAAGAUGAUGAUGAUCAAGAUGAUGGAUAUUCUGUAAAACAUGUUGCGUAUUCACGAUAUACUCGAAAUCAUCGUCUUAUUAAUGAGAUAUUUAGUGAUACUGUAGUUCCUGAUGUUCGGUCUGUUGUUACUACACAACGAAUGCAAGUAUUACGUCGCCAAGUACAAUCUUUAACGAUGCAUCAGAAAAAGCUAGAAGCAGAAUUGCAACAAAUAGAAGAAAAAUUUGAAGCAAAGAAACGUAAAUUUAUUGAAACGAGUGAAAUAUUCCAAGAAGAAUUGAAAAAACAUUGUAAACCAGCUGUAGAUGAAGAAACAUUCAAUAAAAUGGUAGAACGACAAUAUGAAGCGCUUAGACGAGAUAGAUUAAAAGGUGCAGAAGAAAAUCGUUCAGAUGGACCUGCAUCGAGUGAAUCAACUCCAAAUUCUACUCCUACUCCAACUCCUGCUCCUAUUAAUGAUGAAGCGCCAUCUGAUGUUACUGACAAUGAUACAAUAGAUAAAAAAUCAAAUGGGUGUGAAAAAUCUAAUAAUGAAGUUAAAAAAGAAACAUCUUCACCACCAUAUACUGAAAAUAAGCCAGAACCUUCAUCAGCUCAAGGAAAUGCUAAUCAACAUACAUCCAAUUCUGGCAUGUAUAGUGGAACUAUUAGUCCAAUACAACAGCAGCAGCAACAAACGCCGCCACCACCACUACCACAGCAGCAGCAGCAGCAACAACCACAACCACAACAACAACCGCCGCCGCCACCUCCACCACCUUCACAACCACAACUACAACCACAACUGCAACCGCAACCACAACCACAACUGCAACCACAACUACAGCAGCCACCUCCAAUACAACAUCAACAGCCACCAUCUCAACAUCUACAGCAUCCACCACCACCACCACCGCCACAACAACAACAACCAUCGACGCAACAAUCACAACCAUCUUUACAACCACAGCAACCUGCUACUACAACAGUUGCUGCUGUAGCAGUAGCUGCUAAUACAAAUGUAACUGCAAAUACGCCGAAUAUGCCUCCUGUUUCUUCACCGGCUCCUCUUAUACAACACAAUCAUCAUCAACAAGGAAUGUUAGCUAAUCAUUCAAUACCACCUCAUCAAGGAACACAAGGAACUCAAGGAACACAGGUGCUUCCACCUCAAGGACCAGUUUCUAAUCCACAUACUCCCCAGAUGAUUCCACCGAAUCAAGGCUACAGUCAACAAUAUCAACCAGGACCUACUCAACAGGCUCAAAAU